GUCACCACGUAUAACAUCCACGUGUAGAAAUUGUGUGCUUGGAAAUUUUGUUUCCACCAACCGUCUACGCGUUCAUGCUCUACUGGCUAAAUCUCAACAACAAUAAGGGUAUUAAAAUGGCCGCGAAAAGAUGUAAAGAACCGCGGACAUCUACCAAAAUGGCGGAGCAAGCUUGUUGCAGAUCAGGAGAAGAGAAAGAAAAUGGAGAAUCGAAGGGCAUCAGCGUAUGCGGCAUGCAAUUCGCAUACGAAUUGCAGCAUCCGCUCUUCUUCGAUUUCAAUCUCGAUAUCACUCGUGGAUCUCGUUGCCUUCUCGUCGGUGCCAACGGAUCUGGGAAGACGACGUUGUUGAAAAUUUUAGCAGGAAAGCAUAUGGUCGGUGGAAGAGAUGUUGUGAGAGUACUUAACCGUUCGGCUUUUCACGACACUCAACUUGUUUGUAGCGGUGACUUAGCUUAUUUGGGAGGGUCUUGGAGUAAAACUAUUGGCUCCGCUGGGGAGGUUCCAUUGCAGGGGGAUUUCUCAGCGGAACACAUGAUAUUUGGAGUUGAAGGGAUUGAUCCUGCGAGGAGAGAUCAUUUGAUUGAGUUACUUGAUAUUGAUUUGCAAUGGCGAAUGCAUAAGGUAUCUGAUGGGCAACGGCGUCGAGUCCAAAUUUGUAUGGGUCUUCUUCAUCCUUUUCAGGUUCUUUUGCUAGAUGAGGUUACGGUGGACCUUGAUGUUGUUGCAAGGAUGGAUUUACUUGAUUUCUUUAAGGAAGAAUGCGAACAGAGAGGAGCCACGAUCGUAUAUGCUACCCACAUUUUUGAUGGGUUGGAGAAAUGGGCAACACAUCUGGCUUACAUCCAAGAUGGUCAAUUGAAGAGAUCCGGGAAGUUAACCGAAACGAAUGAGUUGAAAAUCUCAGAAAAUUUGCUGUCUGUCGUUGAAGCCUGGCUUCGCUCUGAAACCAAGUCUGAGAAAAAGAAACCUUCUCAAGUCCAGAAAUCCUCGCCUUGCGGAACUUCUCCUUUCAUGUCGUCGAGGCACAUGUCAUACUACCGUUGAUCUCUCUGAAUCCGGUUAUUUUUCAAUAAUUUUUAUACGAUUAGCAAAGUUCUUUCGUAGUCAUCUAUUGAGACGUAUAGUCGGCCACAAUUGCUUUAUACGCUUGUUUAGCUCAUGGUUAUUUUUCAAUAGUUCUGUAAUUUGUAAUCUACUUUGGCAGUGAAAUAUCUAUAUGAUUUUUGUUGAAAGAAGUCGAUGCUGAAUAGGUGCUUCUGGAUCUUGUUGGCUAUACAAGUGAAGCCCUGAUCCAACAAUAUGCCUUCGGGAAAUAAUGUUGUAAUCUCAUUUAAUUAACGGAAAUGCUUUGAGUUC